AUGGCUGUCCCUCCUCCAGACCCUGUUAUAGAACCACCCGCCGUCGUGGUGACGCCGUGCAAUCCGCCUGCGCGAUACUAUUUUGAAGGCGGUUUCCGACGCGUGAAGCCGUAUCACCAUACUUACAAUACCUGGUGCAAGGAGCGAUGGCGGGGUAGAACGCUCCUGGACAUUUUCGCGUCCGAGUUCAGAGACCGGACGAUCGAAUACUACAAAGAAGCAAUCGAAAAAGGCCUGGUCACCGUGAAAGGGGAAAUCGCAGGCGUAGAUACCAUUGUCAACAACGGCUCCGUCGUCUCCCAUACAACCCACCGCCACGAACCUCCUGUCUCCGACCUGCCCAUCGGCAUAAUCCACGAAGAUGAUGAAAUGAUCGUGAUCGACAAACCCCCGGGAAUCCCAGUCCACGGCGCCGGUCGCUAUUUCCACAACACCAUUAUUGAGAUCUUGAAAUCAGAGCGGCCGAACCUCGUCCCAAGACCCUGCAACCGUCUUGAUAGGCUGACAUCGGGGGUGAUGUUCCUAGGUAAGACCGCCAAGGCAACUGAGAAGUUUUGCAAGCAGCUCCAAGCCCGCUCGCUGCAAAAGGAAUACGUCGCGCGGGUCAAUGGCCGGUUUCCAGACGGCGUCGUCCUCUGCGACCAGCCCAUCAUGUCUAUCAGUCCCAAAUUAGGCCUGAACCGAGUGCGAGCUACGGGCAAGGACGCAAAGACAAAAUUUCGCAGACUGGCAUACUAUCCCCCACAAAAAGCAAACGACGAUGGUAGCAUCAAUGAGGAAGAUGGAUACAGUAUUGUUCACUGUCUGCCCCUGACAGGCCGCACUCACCAGAUUCGCGUUCAUCUUCAAUUUCUUGGCUACCCGAUCUCCAACGACCCUAUAUACUCCAACCUCCGCGUCUUUGGGCCAGAUCUUGGCAAGCACGAUGAUAGUGACCAGAAGGACACCGAGAUCAUCGAUCGUCUGAACAAUAUGGGCAAGACAGAGAUGGCCGACACCGCAGCCUACCGCACGCAUAUCACAUGCCCGCCAGCCGUACCGCCAGACACGGAUCCAAACAUUGUCGAAGCCAUGCUAGCCAGAGAGCACGAAGCCGCCGUGGACAGGUAUCAUCUGCGAAAGGGCGAGAAGCUGUCCGGAGGAAUCUGUGACGUGUGCGAGACGCCGCUCUACACAGACCCAGGCCCUCAGGAGCUGAUUAUCUUCCUGCACGCGGCCCGUUACUCAGACCAUGCUUGUAGCUGGUCAUAUAAGAGUAAAUUACCAACGUGGGCUAUUCCGCCAGAAGGUCGGGAAGGUCCUACUGAAAUACCAGAGUGGCGUGAUCCUGGUGAGGAUGAAGAGUUAAUUAUCAAUAAUGGCUAUCAGUCCAAGACAGAGGAUGGGGAUGACACGAGAGAGGACGAUAUUAUGGCAUUGGUGCAUGGGGUUGGUGUUAUAAAUGUCUCCCAACGAGUGAGGAACGGGGAGAAUCCUGAAGCACUGGUGGUAGAGUAG